AUAUCUAUGAAGAUCCUUCUAACCCCCUUACAUGGCCAAAAUUAUUAAUGACUGAUGGUGAUGUUUCAUUCCGAGGCGCAUUUUCACAGGGAAUGCAACAAUAUAAUGUUCCAAUACGUGUUGUCGACCUUUAUAGUUUUGAGAGUCUGGCUUUUAUUAAAGCACUUAAGAAAAGAAUAGCAAUAUUAAUAUAUAAGGUCCAAUAUGCUAUAGAGGGGCGAUUGGCUGAAGGAGAACGAUCAAGGAUAUUUAAGAGAAUCCUUAAGAAGUAUAUUGAUUAUCUGAAUAAUAGUAAGACUUGCCUGAUCGGAAUGACACCAGCUCAUGCUAUGACUUUGGAAGAAGUUGAAUCAAAACCUUCGAAAAAGGCAAGGAGACCGAUUGGGAACUUGCGUGUCUUCAAGAUUAAAAGAGUCGUUAUUAGAAGAAAUCCACCACAACCGGUCUUAUAUUAUCUUGAGAAUGAACCUAUAGAAUUAACUGCUCAUCUGAUGGGACGAAAUCCCAAAUGA